AUGGGCGGCUGUCAAGCUGCCCUCAUAGUUGGCCUUGGAAUUCUCAAACACCGAGGUGUUGACUGGCCAAUGACGGUCAUGGCUGUGCUGUCCGCUAGUCUGCUUGCCGCAGGUGUGCUGAGCCAUUACUGGGACAUCUGGGUUCAUCGCACUGUCCGAGGGAUAUCGUUUCUGUUUGUCGGAAUCGACGCCGCCGGAGAUUUGUUCUCCUUGAUAUCCGUCUUCUUCCAGCCCAAGCUGGACGUUUUGGGCAUGGUGAUAUAUGGAACAGAACUUGCACUGUGGCUCGGGGUCUUUGCGUGUGGAGGCUACUACAAUUUCCUUCCAUGGGCACGAAAGAAGUGGCUUUCCCAGCAUGGCUCACCAGAAGAAUCUGAAAAUGCCGAACCUGAAGAUGUGAAUACAGCCAGUGGGAGCAUUUAUAUACGGGAUGUGCCGCCAUCGACCUCUGUUUUCAGGACAGUAUCAGCAGCCUUUGAAGGCUUACGUUCAAGAACUAUGGCACCAGGGGGGAGGGGGGCGAGACAGUGA